AUGUUGACAAAAUUUGAGAAUAAAAGUGCUCGCGUGAAGGGGCUUUCGUUUCACCCGAAGAGGCCAUGGAUUCUGGCGUCGUUGCACACGGGAGUCAUUCAGCUAUGGGACUACAGAAUGUGCACUCUGUUGGAGAAAUUCGACGAGCAUGACGGCCCUGUGAGAGGCAUUCAUUUCCAUGACAAACAGCCCUUGUUUGUAUGGAACUACAAGCAACACCGAUGCUUGUUCAACCUCCUCGGCCAUUUGGACUACAUUCGCACCACGUUCUUCCAUCACGAAUACCCUUGGAUCCUGUCUGCGUCCGAUGACCAAACGAUUCGGAUUUGGAAUUGGCAAUCCCGGAACUGCGUCUGCGUGCUGACCGGGCACAAUCAUUACGUGAUGUGUGCCCAGUUUCAUCCGAGUGAGGACUUGGUUGUGUCUGCUUCCUUGGACCAAACUGUCCGUGUGUGGGACAUUUCUGGGCUGCGAAAGAAGAAUGUUGCUCCUGGACCCGGUGGAUUGGAGGAUCAUUUGAGGACACCUGGUGCCACGGAUUUGUUCGGCCAGGUGGAUGCCGUAGUGAAGCACGUUCUCGAAGGGCACGACAGAGGCGUCAACUGGGCAGCGUUUCAUCCGUCUCUGCCAUUAGUAGUUUCCGGUGCUGACGAUCGCCAAAUUAAAUUAUGGCGGAUGAGCGAGUCCAAAGCCUGGGAAGUGGACACUUGCCGUGGACACUACAACAACGUUUCCUGCGCCUUGUUUCAUCCGCGUCAGGACAUGAUGUUGUCCAACAGCGAGGACAAGAGUAUCAGAGUGUGGGACAUGACGAAGAGGACGUGUUUACACACGUUUAGGAGAGAACAUGAUCGGUUCUGGGUUCUUGCUGCUCAUCCCACGCUGAAUCUUUUUGCUGCCGGACAUGACGCCGGCAUGCUCGUCUUCAAGUUGGAAAGAGAACGUCCUGCCCACACGGUCGUUGGCAAUUUGGUGUACUACAUCAAGGAGCGAUUCCUGAGGCGGCUUGACUUGGGGUCGAGUAAGGACAUUGCGGUGAUGCAACUGCGUGGCGGCUACAGGACGCCAGUGCAUCAAAUAUCUUACAAUCCUGCCGAAAAUGCUUUGCUCGUUGUGAACAGGACUUCCAAUUCGGAGAAUUCCGUGUAUGAUUUUUACGCUGCCGUGCCGAAUCCGGAUACAACGUCGUCGUCAGACAAUGAUAGCCCUGAUGCUCCUGAAAGCAAGCGUUCUGCCGGAUUGACUGCGGUUUGGGUUGCGAGGAAUCGUUUCGCCGUUUUUGACAAGACGCAUUCGCUUGUCAUCAAGAACCUCAAGAACGAAGUGACGAAGAAAGUGCAAAUUCCGAAUUGCGAAGAAAUUUACUAUGCUGGGACAGGAGUUCUGCUGCUUCGUGAUGCCGACACUGUGACUUUAUUCGAUAUCCAACAAAAACGUGCUUUGGUUCACACCAAGUUUGCGAAGUGCCGACACGUUGUCUGGUCAUCGGACAUGGCCCACGUGGCGCUUUUGUCACGACAUCAAGUGGCCCUGUGCACCAGAAAACUGGAACCCCUCUGCACGAUUCAGGAAACGGCGAAGAUCAAGUCUGGAGCCUGGGACGAUUCUGGCGUCUUUAUUUACACUACUGCGAAUCACAUCAAAUACGCUAUUAUGUCCUCUGGGGAUUCGGGGAUCGUGAGAACUUUGGACGUGCCCAUUUACAUCACGAAAGUUCGAGGUAACACCCUGUAUUGUCUGGACCGAGAUGCUCGUCCAAUUUCCUUGACCAUCAACCCGACCGAGUACAAGUUCAAACUCGCACUCAUCAACCGGCGAUACGACGAGGUACUCCACAUGGUCCGCACUUCGAAGCUCGUGGGUCAAAGCAUCAUUGCCUAUCUGCAAAAACGCGGCUUCCCCGAAGUCGCCCUUCACUUUGUGAAAGACGAAAGAACCCGUUUCGGACUCGCUCUGGAAUGCGGCAACAUUGACGCCGCCUUGGACGCUGCUCGUGCUUUGGACGACAAAGCGUGUUGGGACCGACUCGGAGAAGCCGCGCUCAUGCGAGGCAAUCACCAGGUCGUCGAAAUGUGUUACCAGAGGACGAAGAACUUCGACCGACUCGCCUUCUUGUAUUUAAUCACCGGCAAUUUGGAUAAGUUGAGGAAGAUGAUGAAGAUUGCGGAGAUGUCCUUCCUGUGA